UAUACGCAACGACAGACCAUAAAAAGCUGUUGCUGGUGUAUAUUCUUAAUCCCACUGUGUUACCUUAAGAUUUUCUAGAACAAGAACUCAUGGAUUUCCUGUACGGAUAUCUGAUUCUUUUCCAUAUAUUGUCCUGUAAGGCGGGUUUAAUUGUUUUAAACGACUACGAUCCAGGACAAUGUAAUCAAACAAAUCACGGUGCACAAGUGCUCGUUCAAGAUCGAAAAAACAAUGAAAAAGUCUUGAUUUGCGUCAAGAAUGCGGGCGUGUACGAAUGGAAAUCACCUGAAGGGGAUGACCCAAAUGGAGAAAUUUUUAGCCCAGGCUUUGACUGUUCAAAAAUAUUAGACAACAAUCCCAAGGCAAAGGAUGGAAUGUACUGGAUACAUCUUGGAGGUCACUAUGCUAUAAAGGUGUAUUGUGAUAUGACCACCGGUGGCGGCGGAUAUUUCUUAGUUGGAAGGAUAAAUAACUCUGUAACCUGGACAGUGCCAUCAAAUAACAUUCCUGUUGAACCAUACGGCCAUUCACACUGGGCCAGCAAUCUGGGAAACGCCCAAAUCCUUGAUUUUAGAGUUCAGAUGGGUACAGCUGAAGACUUGAAAAAAGCAAAAGCAGACUGGUCGUUUAGACUGCAAACAAAACGUCCUUUGAAAGAGCUGAUGAUAGAAGACAAAGGGUGUUCUCAAGAUCAACCAGGAAUAGGAGACAUAGCAUAUGUGAAGGAUCUACUGACUGAUACGAUUGUUUCCGAAGGAUAUCGAUGUUCUGUCUUUGGAAAAUAUCAACAUCCAGUGACAGGCUUUGGAUGGCGUAAGAUGAAUUCUUGCUUAAAUAAACCAUGUCGAGAUGGAUUCGCAUAUUGGGAUCACCCAGCAGGGAAAGUUCAAGUAGAUUUCCAUGGUUCAUUCAGUUUUACUGCGUCAGGAAAUUAUUCAGGUGUUAACCAUGAUGCUACUGCAAUUGUCGGUUGCUCAUCCAACAAGAUUUGUUGCGCAUGUUUCGGCCCCGUUGGCGGCAGGGAUCAUUACUGUAGUCCUGACUGCACAUCGAAAAAUGGUGGUACUUUAAAAAAGCAUAGUUACACGUGGUUCUGGGUUAGAACAUCUCUUCCAAAACGUGUUUGGAGCAAAUGUAUGGAAUACAGAGCGGCAGACGAAAAUGGCAACAUGAUCUCGUACAGAUUGAUUGGUGGAAAUACAACUCCUGAAAAGGGUCGUUGUCCUAAGAACAAAGCUUUGCUAAAUGAAGGUGUUGUCGUUGUUCCCGACGCGGCGAUAGAUAAGAAAGCGCCUGGUGUUCCUGGGCUGCUCAAAUAUCGUGUGGAUAAAAAGGAAUUUUCCAUUCGAUCAAAUGGAAGUUGGGAAGUUAUUGCGAGGGAGAAAAAGAUCCUAGAAGAAACUUCAGAGAUAAUUCAGAAGUUAAAAACUGACAAUGAGCAAAGACUUUAUGAACAAAACCGAAUGAUAAAGUUAAGAAUUAAGGAGUCUGAAGACAGGAUAUACAGUUACAUAAAUUUACGACUCACAAGUCAGCGUGCAUGCAAUAGUUAUACAUCGCUUGCAGACAACGAUCGAAACGUAAAUUAUGUUGGCCGUUCAACGAUGUGUGAUAAAGGUAUAUCAACGGGAUGGUACAGAUUUGUUGGUAAUGCGGGAACACAAAUCUCGACGUCAUGUAUCCCGAGACAUGAUACAAGCGUUCUGAAAUGUUCCACUCACGGUGUUUCGUGGUUGAAUGGAACGCAUCCUUCUGUCGGUCAAGGAGAAGUCACGCGCACUGUGUGCUUCAGUUAUUCCGGCAGAUGUUGCUUCCAUCGCCGAAAUAUUCAAGUUAUAAACUGUGGGUUAUUUUAUAUCUACAAACUGGUAUCUACAGAUAGUUGUAAUCAUCGUUAUUGCGGAACCGUUAAACGGGUCUGACAGUCUAAAAUGUUUUCCUUUAACUUAUAGGAUAACAUUAAACCUUAUCAUUCCUAUAUUACUAAGCAAUUUACUCUAUGUAAAAAAGAGUUGUAUGAAUGUGCAGUCACCAUUUAAGAAAUAGAAAACAUUUUGCGUGUUUCUAUACAGUUUUAGUAUACACCCGACUAUUGUCUAUUACAAUUCCUACAUUCUGAUUGGCUACCCAUGCAACCAUUGUCUAUUCGUGCAGGUGCACGCUUGGGAAAAUUUCGCUCGCGCGACCGUAUAAAAUAGAAUUAUUUUUCGGUGUAAUUGCGGUGUAUCGA